AUGGAAAUCCCGAGGCUGCUGCUGGCUCGCCGGACGGCGCAGGGCGGCGGCGGCGGCGGCGGCGGCGGCGGCGGCCCCGCGGGCGGCAGCGGCGGGGUCCACCGAGGCCCCGACUCGCCGGCUUGUCAGGCCCCGGCGCGCCGCCUCCUCCUGCUCCGGGGGGCCCAAGAUGGCGCGCCCGGGCCGCGGAGCGACGAGGCCCAUAGGGCCUCGCGGGGCCCCGGCCCGAGCCCAAGCCCGAGCCCGCUGGCGCCCAGGCCGGAUCUUGCGAUCGGCGGCGGCGGCGGCGGCGGCGGCGGUGGCGGCGGCGGCGGCGGCGGCGGCGGCGGCGGCGGCGGCGGCGGCGACGACUUCUUCCUGUUGCUGCUCGACCCGGUGGGUGGCGACGUGGAAAGCGCGGGCGCGGAGCAGGCCGGAGGGCCGGUGCGGAGGGAGGAGGCCGAGGCGGGCCUGGGGCCCGAGCGGGGCGGGAGCGGCGCGCAGCCCGCCAGCCGCCCCGCGCUGGUCCCCCGCCGGCUGGCGGCAGUGGCGGCGGCCUCGGCGCCCGUGUCGGUGCCCGUGCCGGCGCCGGUGCCGGUGCCGGUGCCCGUGCCCGUGUCGGUGCCGGUGUCGGGUCCCGUGCCGGGCCUGAGCCCCGCGCCUGGCCCCGCGGCGGCCUUCGCGGGCACCAUCACCAUCCACAACCAGGACCUGCUGCUGCGCUUCGAGAAUGGAGUCCUGACCCUGACCACGCCCCCGCUGCCCGCCUGGGAGCCCGGGGUCGCGCCUUUCCCGCAGCCGCAGCCCGGGGGUCCGGCCGCCCCGCCGCCGGCCGGCUUCCCGCAAGCUGCCGCCGCGCAGCUGGGAGACUGCCCCGAGUUGCCGCCCGACCUCCUGCUGGCGGAGCCGGCCGAGCCCGCGCCCGCGCCGGCGCCUGAGGAGGAGGCCGAGGGCCCGGCGGCGGCCGCCCAGAGCCCCCGCGGACCGCUGGUGCCCGGCCACCCGGGCGUGGUGCUGUACCUGUGCCCCGAGGCGCAGUGCGGGCAGACGUUCGCCAAGAAGCACCAGCUGAAGGUGCACCUGCUGACGCACAGCAGCAGCCAGGGCCAGCGGCCCUUCAAAUGCCCCCUGGGCGGCUGCGGCUGGACCUUCACCACGUCCUACAAGCUCAAGAGGCACCUGCAGUCACACGACAAGCUGCGGCCCUUCGGCUGCCCCGCCGAGGGCUGUGGCAAGAGCUUCACCACCGUGUACAACCUCAAGGCACACAUGAAGGGCCACGAGCAGGAGAACUCGUUCAAGUGCGAGGUGUGCGAGGAGAGCUUCCCCACGCAGGCCAAGCUCAGCACCCACCAGCGCAGCCACUUCGAGCCCGAGAGGCCCUACCAGUGUGCCUUCUCGGGCUGCAAGAAGACCUUCAUUACCGUCAGCGCCCUGUUCUCCCACAACCGCGCCCAUUUCAGGGAACAGGAACUCUUCGCCUGCUCCUUCCCGGGCUGCAGCAAGCAGUAUGACAAGGCUUGCCGCCUCAAGAUCCACCUGCGCAGCCACACGGGUGAGAGGCCCUUCCUCUGCGACUUCGACGGCUGCGGCUGGAACUUCACCAGCAUGUCCAAGCUCCUGCGGCACAAGAGGAAGCACGAGGACGACCGCAGGUUCACCUGCCCCGUGGAGGGCUGCGGCAAGUCCUUUACCAGGGCCGAGCACCUCAAAGGCCACAGCAUCACCCACCUGGGCACGAAGCCCUUCGUGUGCCCCGUGGAAGGCUGCUGUGCUAGGUUCUCUGCCCGGAGCAGCCUCUACAUCCACUCCAAGAAGCACCUGCAGGAUGUGGACACUUGGAAGAGCCGCUGCCCGGUGUCCACCUGUAACAAACUCUUCACCUCCAAGCACAGCAUGAAGACCCACAUGGCCAAGAGGCACAACCUGGGCCAGGAUCUCUUGGCGCAGCUGGAGGCGGCCAAUUCCCUCACGCCCAGCAGCGAACUGACCAGCCAGGGCCACAGUGAUCUCAGUGGCCCCGAGAUAGUGUCUCUCUUCUCCGACGUGCCUGGCGCUGGCUCUGCCGCUGUGCUGGACACGGCCUUGGUCAAUUCGGGAAUCCUGACCAUCGAUGUGGCUUCCGUGAGCUCCACUCUGGCGGGGAGCCUCCCCGCCAGCAGUCCGGAUGCCCUGGGGCCCGCUGUGGAUGCCCGCGCCCUGAGGCCCGCCAGCGACCUGCCCCAGAGUCUGGACACCUCGCUCUUCUUCGGAACCACGGCCUCUGGCUUUCAGCAGAGCCCCCUGGAUCUGGAUGAUGUCUCCAGUGGCAGCGUGGGGCCCUUGGGCUCCCUGGGCUGUCUGGCCAUGAAAAACGCAAGCGCAGAGCCCCAGGCUCUGACGCCCAGCAGCAAGUUGACCGUGGACACGGAAGCUCUCACUCCUUCCAGCACCCUCUGUGAAAACAGCGUCUCCGAACUCCUGACUCCAGCCAAAGCCGACUGGCAUGUCCAUCCUGACUCGGACUUCUUUGCACAGGAGGAAGACAGCCAGUUUGGCUUCUCCAACCCAACAGGAAACCAUGGCUGUCACAAAGAAACAGAUCUUAUCACAGCGACGGGCAGCUCCUUUUUGGUAUGAACCGACUCUGUUCCUUCUCCGCCACGCCAUGCCACCGGGCUUGCUUUUAUUACGCUCGAAUUUGAGGGGCCUCUGGACUGAAUGCUUCCGGCCGUGGGAUCGUUUCUCACUGCUUUGAGAGACAGCCCCUCCCUCCCUGGACUGCAAGUGUGGAGAUUUUCAUUCUGAUCUUGAGUGGAACUGACAAGUUCUGUGACCCUGAGUGAGUCACUUGACUUCUCUGAGCCUUAAUGUCCUUAUUUAUAAGAGGAGGUGGUUUGAUUGGGUUGCUCUUUGGUCUUUUCACCUCUUUAUUUUACUGCUUUUAUGAUCAUUGUGUAUAAAUUUAUUGUAUUUUAUAAUGAGUAAUCAUUGCCUAUGCUUCUAAUGUAAUGAAAAGUGUUUUCAUUACUUUGAAUAUUGAAUGAGCAGAGUUAGAGGAAUUAUACCUUUAAAUAAUUUGAUGAAAUUUUUAUAGUGCCAACUGUUAUAUCCAUGAGUGGAGUACCAAUAAGCUCAAAAAUGUUUCUUUUUAAUCUUUUAUGAGGAUAUCUCUUUUCCGAAUUGGGGGGGGGGGGGGUCCUGUAUUGUUGUGAAAAAUGCCCAGCUAAUGAAGUAUUGCCUCUGUGUUUUUAAAUAUGUGGCCUUAAAGUAAUUAUGUAGUAAGCCUUAGUUCCCUAGUUUUAAAAACAAUUUUACAAAUGUAAAGUUUUCCAAUGCAUAUUGGUAGACUUGCUUUUCUUUCCUUAUAAUUGGUAUUGAAGGGAAACUCUGUUUUGGUGUGCUUUUGUGACCAAUGUUACUUUUCUUGUGCUUUUAAUUCCUUCCUCUAAGGGGAGAAAUUCACAUUAUAUGAAGUCAUAAUUUUGUAGACAGUAAAGUUUUAUAAGUGCUAAGAAGAAAGGAAGGGGAUUAUUCCUUGUUUUUUUUUUUCAUGUAACAUUGCCCACAUUUCCAUGUGAUUUGCUUGUGUUCACACUCAAAGUCAUCUCUGGCCCUGUGUGUAUAGUCUACUGUUCCAAGAAAAUCUGGGAAUUGACCAGUGGGAAAUUUUCUCCCUUCUGCCCUAGAGAGAUCACUGCUGGCCUCCUGUGAAAUGAGAGACUUUGUUUGCAUUUUGCCUAGAUUGUAUCUUCCCUUACAUGAAUAAUGAAUUUUCCAGAUUAUGUAGAACUUUCAUACUUAGCAUAUCUGAUAAUCACAGUCUUUUAAGGUAGUUAUAGCAGAGUCAAUACUAUUAUUGAUUUUAAAAUUGAUAUGACAAAUGGAUUUUAGUACAUACAUGUGUGUUGUAUGUGUAUGUGGUAUGUGCAUGUGUGUAUAUAUGUAUUAUAUAUGUAAUAUAUAUAUAUAUAUAUAUAUAUACCAAAAUAAGGAGGAUAUAUUUCUACCUCUCCCAUUCUACCCUUGUGGAUUUCAUGUUCAGUUUGUUUAUAGUCAUUGCUCUAUUCCACCUUAAUCAAUAAAUGUUCUUCUGCCUGUUCUGCUUCCUUUCUACCUUGCCUUGUAUAUGUAUAUUGCCUUGUAUAUGUAUACCAAUCCUUCCCAUGCAUCUACGUUAUUUAUUUUUAAAUUAGGUCUCUUUUGUAUUCAAUGUUGGUCAGUUGUUUUGCUCAUGGUCCAUUUUCAGCCACAGUAUUUACUGCAAGUCUCUGUGUGCACUGAGAAUUUAUUUUCUAGAUUCAGAUGAUGUUUAUAUAUGAAUCUGAUGUUAUUUGUGAUAUUUUAUAUAAUGUUUUAAGAAGUACUACUUUUCUAAACUUUUUACCAUGUAGUUCUGCUAUCAAGUACUAUUAGUUGUUUUGAAACACGCAAAUGGAGUACUGUUUACACGUGAAUACUUGAGAGCAACAAUUAUCAUGGUACUGUGACAGUGCACUUUAUAAUUUACCACUUUUGAUUGCAUCUGUACUAUCUUUAUAAUUCCUAAAUUGGGUAUACUUAUUCUGUGAAAGAGUAAAAACAUUACAUAAAUUUGUAAUUUAAAGAAAUAAAAUUUUAUUGUGUCCUGGCAUUGAAGAGCUCUUGUUCAGCACUUUGGAAGGAUUUUAAGACUGUUUUAGAAAUGCAUUUUCAUUAGUAAAACAAAUUGUAUUCUCUUAGAUUAUUCUGCUUUUCUUAUAGAAAAGAAUGUGUAAGCCUAAAGUCUAUGCACACGGGUCAUAGGCAUCUAUUAAGAUAUGUAACCAUAAAGAUAUUUAAAAAUGCUGUCAGUCUGUUUUUAAUCUUUCAGAAUACUUUCCUCCCAUAAAACAGUCAUAAACUUUACUUUUGCUUAUAGUUUGUGUAAUUUUCAGAGGAUACAUUUUAUUUUCCUUAAAGAUAAAAAUCUUGUAAUUGUCUUUAAGAUUUCUCUUUCUAUUGGUUCUGUCAUAAAUUUGUGAUUUUUCAAACCAUGGGACCUGAUUUAGUUUGAUCUCAUUUGCCUUUUGUGCCUCUUCAGUUUUGAUUUAUUACUUUCCAAUUGAAAACACAAUAAUAAAAUGUGUUGUAGUUUA